AUGGUGAAUGAGGUGCAUCGCAUGGUGAAUGAGGUGUUGACGUGGUGGUCUGACGAACGCGAGCAACGCUCCAAGGUUGUUGCGGCACCAGACAUCAUCGCACAACACCACCGGCACCAGCAACAGCAGCAGGUGCACCAACGGCAGCAGCAACUGCAGCAUCAAACCACCGCAGACAGCCAUGGUCGCAGCAACACCACCAACACUAACAACACCAACAGCAGCAACAACAACUACAGCAACAACGCAAACUUUCACGCCAGCAGCAGUCACGCUGCACACACUCGCCUUCCCGGCUCGCGGUAUGGUCCAAAGACGCCAUUGCGGGCACGGCGGUUGCUGGCACAGCAGCUGUGCUACAAGGUGUUUGGGCACAGGUCUGGCGAGGUGCUGGCGUGCGAGGUGGGCACACCGGGGCUCAACGAGUGUCUGAGCUGCGUGGUGGCCAUGGACCUCCUCGCCCCGUGGCUGAGCCCGCUGCAGCUGCUGCACGUGUGCGCAUGCAUUGAGAUGACCAUCCCCUUUCGCACAGACAGUGCUGUCUCGACCCUCCACAAGCGCUGCCUCACCAUGUCGCGUGAAAUCACGCACAUGCAAGUGCCGCUGGGCCACCAGCACCAGCACCAGCACCAGCAACAGCACCAGCAACAGCAACAGCAACAGCAACAGCAACAGCAACAGCAACAGCAACAGCAACAGCAACAGCAACAGCAACAGCAACAGCAACAGCAACAGCAACAGCAACAGCAACAGCAACAGCACCGCCGCCCCUCACUCGCCGCCUCAUGUAUGGUGGUGAGUGCUUGUCGCAUGGCUGCGCGGGACGUGGGCAAUUUCGCCUCACACGAUACACGCGCGUUCCUGCUCAACACGUGGAAGCUGCUGCCGGAACUAAACGCCAACUUGCGAAAUGCGGACACGUUCUUGCUGAAGGACUGGAUCCGGGCCCUGGCUGGAAACAUUGGGUUCUUUGAGUUUCUCUCCAACGAGCCCACGCGCAUCUACCCUUGCUUUGGCGAGCUUGCAGGCAGCCAGGAGCAUGCGGACAUGGUGUUGCGUGCAAGCACGAACCUUGAGCGUGGUCGCGCGUAUGUUGCAGCGCGCCUCGUCACGGCUUGCAUCAUGCACGCUGUCCUUUCCGCCUCAAAGUUUAUGGUGGACACGACGCCCGUGCUCCAGUACCUGCCCUCGGGGAUGGGCGGGCGGUUUGAGCUGUCCCUGGCGGCGAAACGUGUGCAGACUGCCAUCAUGGCAGAGGUGGUGUCCGGGUGCAAUGAGGAUACCGUGUUGCAAUCACAGCUGGUGGAUGUGCUGCGUGACCACGUGCGCAAGGACACGCCGCACGAGCCAGGCGUGCAAUGGUGA